AUGAAAAAGAAUUCGAUAUGUUUAUUGCAAAUACGAAGGUUUGAAACGUUAACUAAAGAAGAUGUUCAAGUAAGUAAAAGUUACAAGAUACUUAAUUUACCACCUAACUCUAAACAAGAAAAGGUCCGAGAAGCUUUUCUUGAGUUAGCUAAAAAAUAUCACCCAGACUCAGGCCUACCCGAUGCCAGUAUUGAGAAAUUUGUGGCUGUAGAAAAUGCUUUUAGAUUGCUGACUAGACAUAACACAGGCAAAAGUGCUACUGAAGAAGUUGAAAAGACAAUAUUUGAUAUUAGGCAUACUGCACCACAACACAGACAAUAUCUGAGUUUUGAAGGUGUCGGCCAUGGCACUCCUUCACAAAGGCAGAAGCAGUGGGCACAAACACGUGCACAAAGGGCUGCUGAAAAUGUUAUGGAACACCGUGUCUCUAAAGCUGUGGCAUCAGACAAAACUCUGAUGAAAAAAGAUAAAUAUAGUAAGAAACAUGACAUUAAGACAAAAUACGGUUUUGAUAGACUAGUGGAGGAUUUAAUUCAAGAAUCAAUAUCGAAAGGGGAGUUUGAAAACUUGAGUGGCAAAGGCAAGCCUUUGAAAGAUCAGAGCUCUAAUCCAUAUGUUGAUUUUACAACUCACAAGUUAAAUGAGGUCUUGAUUAAUAAUGGUUUUACUCCUGAAUGGAUAACAAUGAGAAAAGAAAUUGACCAAGAUGUUGAACUAUUGAAAGAGGAAAUAAAGAGGGACAGAAUGAUUCUUGGACCAUUUCCUUUAAGCGAUGAGGACAAAGUGAAGUGGAAUAAGAUAUAUGAGAGCAAUAAAAACUUGGCAGAGUCCAUAAACAGUAAAAUAAAUAACUACAAUCUCAUUGUUCCAAUAAUAAACAAACAAAAAUUCCAUGUUGAGUUUGAUAAAAUAUGUGAAGAUAUUCUCAAAAAUGGUGUACAUUCUGUGAAGGGUACAGAUAGUAAGGAAAAAAAAGAUACUCUGAAUCUACCUGCCAGCGAAAGUGAUGACAUAAUUGGCAUUUUCUUUAGUGCCUUAGGAGAGCUAUUAACAUUUAGUAAAGGGAAGCAAAAGAAUGUGGAUAAU